AUGAGCGUCAGCGUCUGGGAUCCGUCGCCAUCCUCCACAGCAGCCUGGAAGUUGGCCUUCUCCCUGGUGACCAAGUCUUUGAGGCGGCAGAAGUUGAUGAGAAAGCAGAAGAUGGACACGAAGACAGAAGUGCACAGAUUCAUCGAGCGCAUUGUGCACGAGAUGGUUGAUAGGGCGGUGGAUACGGCCGCAGGACAUGGGGCCCGCAUGAAGCUGGCAGGCUCCCUUGCUCAAGUCACUGCGAAGCGGCGCGCUGUGCGGCGGCUCCGUCAGCACGCGCUGAGCCGGCGCACGCUACGCGCACAGCGGCGUGCGGGGCAGCUGAGUGCAACUGCGGCGCAGCUGUCGACCGCCAGCGGCACACUGCGCUCGGUGCAGGACCUGAAGCGAGACUUGGGGCCCAUGCGGCCCUUGGCUCGGCCAGGCGCAGGCAACCAACCUGUGCCACGGAUUGCCGGCCCAGCCACUGCAGCAGCUUCAAUGCUGCAGGAUAGAAGGGACCCGGCUGAGAUGAUGUCGUUGUCGCCGUCGCAGACGAUGGCAUCCUGGCAAAAGACGGACUUGGAGUCCGCCAUGUCUCCCCAGAGCACGGUGCCGGGAGAGGUGCCCGCGCAAAUGUCAAUGACAUCCACAGAGUUCCAGAUGUUUCAGUCUCAGUCGCAGUCGAUUCAAGAAGAGCCGCACGAACGUGGUGUGUGGUACCCGGGGUACAGCAUGGCUGGUCCUCCUGCUGGUUCCUCGCUACUCAUCGUGUGCUUUGGGGAUGCCAAGCGAGGCCAGCUGGGCGUGGAUCACCGUGUCAGGUUCUCCAAGGAGGUGGCGCUGGUGGUGGAGGAGCUCCGCGGCCAGGAGCCCGUGCAGAUCGAGGCCGCCGGGGUCGCCUCCUUCGUGGUGGGCUCCAAGGGCCAGGUCUGGGCGUUUGGCUCCAACCGCUCCAUGGAGCUGGGAGGUCGCAAGGAAGUGGCACAGAUCUCCAGCGCACAACGGAUGAAGAGCGUGCGGGGAGUGCAUGUGGUGCAGGUGUCCAGCGCAAAUUCCACGUCUGGCCAAUGCCAUACCUUGGUUCUCGGUGCGAACGGGGAGGUGCACACAUUUGGAGCCUCAAACUGCGGAGCUCUGGGGCAAGGUCCCGAUGUGCGGCAGUCCGCGCCUCUGCUCUUGCGCUUCUCUGCGCAAGUGCCAGUGAAGCUGGUGGCAGCUGGUGCCAGGCACAGUUUGAUGCUGACGGACACUGGACGCCUCUUUGCCAUGGGCGACAACACGCAUGGCCAACUCGGCCUGGAGUCGAGGCUUCAUGGAUCCUUCAUUGAUGCGCCAAGAUCAGUUGAAGGACCACUCGGAGAUGAGGAGGUGCAGGUAAAGCUGAUUGCAGCCGGCGACAACUUUACCAUGGCUGUCACAGAGGAUGAUCAACUGUACACCUGGGGGGCCAAUGCCAAUGGUCAGCUGGGGUUGGGAAAGCUCCAGGAUCAGAUGGUGCCUCAGUUGGUACCGCAGCUCAGUGGGCUUAGCAUCGGCACCAUUUGCUGUGGAGCUUGCCAUUCCCUGGCCAUCACCAGCGACGGCGCAAAGGUCUGGGCCUGGGGCAGCAAUGUCCAUGGUCAGCUGGGUGUUGGCACGGACAACUCCAACGAAGCGCAGCGUGUUCGACCUUCUUUGAUUCCAGCCCUGAGCAACCGCCGCGGCAUGGUUGCCUGCCAGGUGACAGCGGCCUCCAACCAUUCCUUGGCUUUGACAACCACUGGGGAGGUCUAUGCCUUCGGACUAAACAGUCACGGGCAGCUUGGCUUCCCGACCAAGAGCAAUGAUCAAGUUGUCAAAGAAGAGAAAGGAGCGCAAGGAGAUCCGUUGACGCAGCAUCAGAUGCUUCAUCAACAGGCUCUGAGAGACAGAGCGAAGGCCCGCAACAAGGUGGAAAUAGAUCAGCCGAAGCUCUAUGAGAACGGCGUGGAGAAGCUUUGGUUGCCGGUACGAGUGGUUUCCCUGUCACAGUACAGGGUUCGAGCCGUCACCACCGGUGACAUGCAUACCCUGACAAUCGCGCAGCACUAUCACAGCUGA